AUGGAUUUAGUGCCCGUCAACGAUGCCUCACUAGUAGCGAAGCCAACAAAGCGCCGACGUACCGCUGACUCGAAGAAUAAAGCCUCAAAGAAUCAACAUUUCUACUUCGUUGAUCAGAACUCGUCCUCCAAAGAAAAGCGCGCCCAUGUUAUGCGUCAUCAUGUACAGGAGAAAAGGAAACAGCACAAAACCUCACGCACAGCUCUGUCGGAGGAUUCUGAGGCGGCAAUCACCCGGUACCAUCCAUCAGGGACAUCCUCGGCAGCCGCGCGAGCCUCUGAUCUGACAACUUCGGUACGAGAACCACCUUUGCUGGCAUUCAACCCGAGCCAACUUCAGAUACGAUUCUCAAAUAUGAAGACACAGCCUCAUCCUUCUUUGCCACAACACAUCGGCUCGCCAGUUACAAUACUCGAUGCUUCUCGAAAAGAUCCGUUCUCCAGUUUACCGAUGGAACACGACAGUACCGAUAUCGAAUUGGCUGAUUAUUGGAGGAAUAAAUUGACGUACUGGUCCGGACAAAAUGUCCAUGUUAAGAACCAAAUAUUUCGCACGGCGAUGGGCCAUCCUCUUUCAUUCAAAGCAGUGGUGCUUUCCUACUGCUCGCGUUGGAAAGCGCAAUUAUACGGCUUGACCGACAGCGAAGAAAUCCAACGUCACGUUGGACAGGCGGCGAAGCUCAUCGACGAAGCAAGCAAUGGCUCUGCGGUAGUCCGUCCGGACGAUCUUGUCAUGGCUUUGGGUGGGAUGGCUUUGCAAGAAGAACGGUUUGGAAGCAAGCAGUCGGCACAGCAGUAUAUCGACCGUGCUGUUAAGGUCCUGCGCCCGCGAACGGGAUCAAACCCCGCGGUGGAAACUUUCAUACACUACAUUCGAUACCUCAUGACCCCCGAAGUCCCAAUCCCAAACCCUUCCGAGCAAAUUUGGCUCACCACCUUCCUGCAUGGUGCCAGAGAUCUCAUGCGCCGACACAACACACCUGAGUAUCUUCGACAAGCCCCAUACCGCCGCAACGCCUUCGAAAUGGCGAGCCCUCUCUUCACCCUUCUCUCCAGCGGGCCCCGCCCUUCUCAGGUUCCACAGGCUUCGCGCGUCUACGUAGUUCGCGACGCGCAGACCCAGGAACCCAGCCGAACCGCAUCUCUCAUCUAUAUCACGGCGGCAUUGUGGGACCAUCAAGAGUCACCUAGCAAAACGGACCGGUUCCUUCGCCAUCUUUGGUCUUUGGUGAAGCAACACCACCUCGAUCGCGACCCAGCCUGUGAGACACUUCUGUGGUUGUUAUUGGAGGAGACUUGUGACUCCGAUUUACGAGACCCUGAGCGCGGGUGGUCGACCGGAGCGCUACUCGGAGUACAUAAACAGCUCCGACCGGAUCUACAAUUCCUCUGGAACGAGAUUCUGAUGAGCUUCCUCAGCUUCCAAACCCCCAUUCGUGGGGUUGAAGCCUUUGAAGAGGGACUCCUGCAUGGUACUUCACACUGA